ACAAUCAAGUGAAAUAGACAUCCUUAGACACACCUUUUAAGUCAUCUCUUUGCUUACUCAACCAAGCAGUCAUUUGAACUUCAUGCCAUUUCAUCUAAGCAUAGCAUCUCUUUGCUAAAUGGUAUGUUGCUUCAUUUGUUGUUUCUUUUCCUUUCUGUAAUCUUUUAUUUCCGUCACCCUCCUGGUCUUUCUCUGUCUGAACUUGUUCUCCCCUCUCGUCAUACUGACCAUGACCUCCCCUUGACUGGAGAUUGCAGAGUGCAGUGUAGCCCCAAUCGUAAUGGAGGACACUGAUCAUGAGCCUCCUUCUUCAUCAGACGAGCAGGACUCCUGCCCAGUCUCUCCUAAUCACAACAGGCACCCUGAUGCUGCCCAGCAUUCAAGCCAUUCAGACGACUCGGAAGUGGAGAACAUAAUGCAUGAGCCUCACCAUCACCACCAUCACCAUGGAGAUGGAGCUCAUGAUGCAGAUGGCGAGGCUGAGGGCCAAGAACACCCUCACACUCCGUCUUAUCUGCAACCCCCGGUGCCGGGUGUGGCCCACUCAGAUUCAGGUUCAGACCCCAGCUUGCCACAAAGCAAAAGUGUGGAGUUUGACUUGCCAUCACCUCUCGGCAUCCCCAGGCCGAAAAGUCCCUGGGCUCUUUUUGACCCGUACAACAAUAAUGAGGACCAGGAUAAGGAGUAUGUGGGUUUCGCAACACUGCCAAACCAGGUGCACCGUAAAUCGGUCAAGAAAGGAUUUGACUUCACACUCAUGGUGGCAGGCGAGUCUGGCCUGGGAAAGUCCACUCUGGUCAACAGCCUGUUUCUCACAGAUCUGUACAAAGAUAGAAAGCUGCUCAAUGCUGAAGAGCGAAUCACACAAACGGUAGAAAUCACCAAACACACAGUGGACAUAGAGGAGAAAGGCGUCAAACUGAAGCUCACCAUUGUGGACACCCCUGGGUUUGGGGAUGCUGUAAACAACACCGAAUGCUGGAAGUCGGUGGCGGACUACAUCGACCAGCAGUUUGAACAGUACUUCAGGGACGAGAGCGGCCUCAACCGCAAGAACAUCCAGGACAACCGCGUACACUGCUGCCUCUAUUUCAUUUCACCCUUCGGUCACGGCCUGCGGCCUCUGGAUGUGGAAUUCAUGAAGGCUCUGCAUGAGAAGGUCAACAUCGUCCCAAUCUUGGCCAAAGCUGACACACUCACCCCAAGUGAGGUCAAGAAAAAGAAAUUUAAGAUCAGAGAGGAGAUUGAGCAGUAUGGUAUCAAGAUAUAUCAAUUCCCUGACUGCGACUCUGAUGAGGAUGAGGAAUUCAAGCAGCAAGACCAUGAGCUGAAGGAAAGCAUUCCUUUUGCUGUAAUUGGCAGCAACACAGUGGUGGAGGCCAAAGGGAAGAGGGUGCGGGGCCGUCUCUAUCCGUGGGGCAUCGUAGAAGUGGAGAACUCGGCACACUGUGAUUUUGUGAAGCUGAGAAACAUGCUUGUUCGUACGCAUAUGCAAGACCUCAAGGAUGUGACCCGGGAGACCCACUAUGAGAACUACAGAGCCCAGUGUAUCCAGAGCAUGACCCGCAUGGUCGUCAAGGAACGCAACCGCAAUAAACUAACGAGAGAGAGCGGCACAGAUUUCCCCAUACCCAUGGUGUCUGGAGUGGCAGAGAGCGAGACAGAGAAGCUCAUCCGAGAGAAAGACGAGGAGUUGCGGCGGAUGCAGGAGAUGCUGCAGCGGAUCCAGGAUCACUUGAUCACUCAGAAGGAAGGCUAUUAACGCUGGUCCGGUCACGCUGUGUACAUAAAAUCAAACACCCAGGAGUUCUUUAUUCUUGAACAUUGGUGUCCCCAGGUGUCCACCCCACCACCACUCAGUCUCAUCAACAGCAUGCUACACAUGGACCCUGUGAGGAGGCGGUAAGAUGCUGUGACCUUUGCAUCUUAGCAACUUCCCAGAACCCUUUGAGGAAAAUGGCACCACUGCUGCAGAACACUUAGCCCUCCGCUCUCAACUCUGAAGGUCUAAAGUACGUUUGAAUGGAUCUAUGUCACAUAUCGGGACUUUAGUUUAGCCACAUGAUCACAUAGAUGUUUUGAGGUUGAUGAGGUUUACAUCAGCACAUACUGGUGACAUGCACAUAUUUUUAGCACACUUUUGUGACAUGUUCAUUUUUAUUUCCUCUAUAGGCCAACAUGCAUGUAUACUGUAUUUAAUUAUUUUGUAUCACUUUAUUUCAUCUUUUACUUGCUCCAGGUUUGCCACACUUCACGUCAUGUGGAUUAUAUGGAUGUAUACUUGGUUUCAUCUUUAUGUACAUUUUGUUUUGCAAGUGUCUGCAUGUUUUUUUAUUUAAUUUUUUUAUUGUAGCCACCUUUGGGGCCUGACUCCAUGUAAACUAGCAGUUCUGUUAAACGCUCCCUGGUUCUAACUCAAAUAAGAGUUGCUUACUGACAGUGAUGUUCAAGAAAAUGUUUUAAAAUGACAGAGAUACCCUUUGUGAUCGUAGAGUUGUUGGUUCGGGACUAAAGAUUGACCCAGACUGACACUAGAUGAUAGACAGAAGCAGGGUUGCAUCAUUGAACGGUGUAUUUAUUUUGCAUGCAUUUUAAACGGGAUCUCAGAUUCAAAUCACUUUGGUGACCACGAGGUUGUUAGACAUACACUUUUGGAGAAAAGGAUUAAAGGACAGUGUCUUUUUCUUUUUCUUCUAGUAUUUUGGUUGAUUCUACUUAUACACAUUCACUCCAAGAGAACUCCCAUGUCUAAUGAGGACUAAUUAAUGAGUAAAUAUGAUUUUUUUUUUCUACAUCUAUUUUUGUGUGACAGAGAAUUUUUGGAGAGUAGAUGUCUUCUCUGACUUGUGUGGCUUUUGUUUAAAGAAAAGAUAAACAUUCCUCAAGCUUCCAUCAGGUAAUACUUCUGUUUCUUAAUUUUUUUUUUUAUAAUAAAUUUGACUUUUGUUAUUCUACAUUUUUAAGUAUAUUUAUGUAAUAAAAUUUUAAAUGAAAUGGUGAUGGAGAGGAAAAUGUGUACAAAUUCUAAUAUU